AUGUCGAGACCGAGUGAUGCUAGCAGUUCUUUAGUAUUUGCCAACGACGAGGAAGCGACGAGUUCUGGGGCAACAAGCCGUGGCUCUCAUCGCGUGCGUCGCAUCCGAUCCCUCGGCAGCGCGUUGUGGAUGUCAAUGCGUCGCAGCUCACCCCUCAUGUUGAAACCUGUUUCCUGUGAACACUUCCCCGACAUUCGUCGAGAUAACUCCGCGUCCGUCAGUGAAAAGGGAGUUCGUUCUACGAAUUCGUCUACGCUGAGGUUUGAAGCCACGCCUGUGGUAGUGACGGAUGAGUUGACUAGCUUCUUCGCCGACCAUUUGCCCCGAGACUACGUCGAUAUCCCUGUUGUGCAUCCGGAUUACCUGUCUCCUGAAAGUGGCCGGAAUGACUAUCGCAGUUUGAUGGACAAUCCUUGGAAGAUGACCAUCAUUCCUGGGAGCACGUACGCUCAGCAGAAUCAGUUCUGUCUGAUGGAGUUCUACUCACCAAACAAAGUGUACAUAAGCAGCGGAAAUGCUCACCUUCCCGCACCGAGGUGGACAACGCAGUUGCUGGCCACUCUGCCCGCACAUGGUUCUCACAGCAAUCAUUCCCUUCACGAGGAAUUGUUCCUAAACAAAAUGUCGUAUAACUUGUUUUGUUUGAAAGUUUUCCUGCUGUUGUUUGCUCAAGUCGUCUUCGGGACUGCCGCUUUGAAGCUGAUCGUAUGGAAGUUGGAUGCUUUUUUUCAUUCGAGUCCGGUUUUACUCGCCGUUUCCGCGUUGUUGCUGUUCACUGCCUACACUGGUGGCAUCUGUUUCAGAAAAUGGCGAAGAUGCUUUCCUGUAAAUCUAUUGAUGUUGUUCAGCUUUACGGCAACUUGCACCUUUUCACUGAGUGCCUUGUCCGUUUGCGUCCGGUCCUCCGUGAUCAUUUUGGCUGCGCUCGGUUCUGCAUUAUCGUUGCUGGUCCUUAUUUUCAUGUGUGUUCAGUUUGUCUUCCGGAUUAAUUUCCCGACCGUGUUCUUGAUGGUCGAGUUGGUCCUUGGACUGAUUGUGGGCGCCAAAUUUGUGUGGACGUACUUCUCCAUUCUUCCUUAUCCAUGGACUAUCACUGAAACGCUCAUCGCCGUUGGGUACUGGACAUGGAAUCUGGAUCUUAUCAUGCGUGGUUUCAAGUACGAAAUUACGAAAGCAGAUGCGGUGUAUGUCGCUGUCAAUUUCUACUACGAUUGGCUGUUCAUGAUCGUGGCGACGUUCGAAGCUUGCAUUAUUUGUGUCGUUGGAGAAGAAAGGGCCGCUCAGAGAUUCAGUCGUCGCAGUCAAGAAGAUUCGCACUUUCUGGAAGAUGAAGAAUAUGUAAUCGACCCUUAG